AUGUUCAUGCAGUUAGAGAGCUACUGCUUGAAAGUUGCAAGUGUCAGUGGUUUCCAGCUGUGCCAGGUGAGUCUGAGCAGCAGCACUUCCUCAGCAGCCAUCCUGGAUGCUCCCCACAGUGCCUUGUCCUGCCCGGCUGUUGCAGGGGUCCCACUCCUGCAGGUGGUCAGUGCCUCCCAGGGCUCCAGAGUAUGGUGGGUGAAGCCGCGUGAAUGCAGGACAGCCGGAGCACACGUGGAUGAGUCCUUGUUCCCCGCGGCCAGUACCAAUGAGCGCUUACCAAGCCUGGUAAGAAAAAAGCGUAAGUGUAUGCAACCCAAAGAUUUUAUUCCAAAAACACCAGAAAAUGAUAGAAGACUUCAAAAGAAAUUUGAAAAGAUGUCUGAAGAGCUACAAAGGCAAAAGACAACUCUAGAGGACGAUGUCCCUGUCCUCUUGUUUGAAUCCUGUGGCUCACUGAUGUAUAGCCCCACAAAUAAAAUUAGCAGUCACCACAGUGCCAUGGAGAAGAGAUUACAAGAGAUGAAAGAGAAGAGGGAAAAUCUUUCCCCUACCUCUUCCCAGAUGACUGAGCAAUCUCAGGAGAACCCAGAUACCUCUCUGUGUGAAGCAUCUUUGAACAUUUCACAGAAUCCUUUGUGUUCAGAUGAAUCCUUUGCUGGUGGUUUACACUCAUCUUUUGAUGGUCUGUGUGGAAAAUCAGAAUGUGGAAAUCAGGAAAGGAAAUGGGGAGAAUCUGUUAAUGAAAUUAGAAGUGAUGCAUGCACCUCCUCACCUGGGUUGAUGACAAAUAUCCACUUGUCAACAUCAUCCAGUGACCUCAGUCAAUCCAGUCCUCAGAAACCCAUGAGCAGUUUUGCAAAGGAAGAAAUAAAUCAGGAGAGAGAUAUUACAGCUGAAGCAGUGGCCCUGGGCCAAACACAAGUCGAAGGUGUGUCUAAGGCGAUGCUAGGGAAAUGCAUUUUGUCUCCUACCAUAUCUACCACAAAAGACCUCCUUUUAGUUCAUUCAAGACCCAAAAGUUCCUCAGCAAAGAGAAAAAAAGUGGCAGUGGACAUACAUUCACCUCCACGGCAAAAACUGAAGAGAAGGAGGUGCAGCAGCAGGGCUGCCACGCAGCACCUGCAGCUGUUCAAGUUGGAGCGCCACCUGCCAACCAUGGCCACAGCUGCUCUGGAGUCUCCUGAUGCUGGAGGCUCCUCUUACGAGGACUACUUUUCACCUAACAACCUUAAGGAAAGGAGUCCCAGGCCUCUUCCUUCCCACUUCGCCUGUGGAAGUCUCUCUAAAAGGGAAAGAACAAGCAUUCUAGGGAUGGCUGACUUUUCCUGCAUUGGGGAAAAACCCUCAACAGUCAACAUUACCGAUUUAACAGCAAAACCUAGCUUCAGUCUUCAGAAACCCACAAACGACAAAGGGAAUACAACAUCUUUGCUUUGA